AUGGAGAAGUCCAUCGAAAAUAAAAGUCCACUAUGGCAUCAAGCCCUAGAGAGAUAUCGGGAAGAGCUAGGGGGUAGUGAAGACUACCAAGCGAUAAAUGAAGUUCACUCUCUUGACGACCUCUUGAGCCAUGUGAACACCAUACAGGCCACACCGUCACGAGAUAGGCAGACAUUAGCAUCUCUGAAUAGACUUGCGCCGAAGUUCAAAUUCGUGGACGACUUUUCCGCAAUUAUAGCUCUAGCAUUCGGGGCAGACGCAACAUUGACAGCAGUGGUAUGGGGGAGCAUUCGUCUCAUACUGACAUUAGCUGCUUCAGCAGGGGAUACUCUUCAAGAUGUGUUGGAUAUGCUUGAAGAACUGAGCUUGACUCUGCCAAGGUUUCGAGUUUACGAAGAUACUUUGCCGAUGAGUCGCCAGCUCGAGACUGCCUUGAUUGAUGUAUACACAGAAGUGAUUUGCUUCUAUGCCAGGACGAUACACUUCUUUCAAGAUCACCCGCAUGUUUUAUUACGGCGAAACGCUUGGGAGAAGUUCCAUACCGAUUUCUCGAGGACCAAUAUGCGUAUCAAGAGAAUCUCGUCCAUUGUUGAGAGUGAGGCUGAUCUUGCUCGCAUGAGGCUGGAUGAAAAUAAGUACAAAGAAGUAAUUGAGCUUAUGGACAGUCUUAGUACUAAGAGAAGCGACGACAAUCAUCAGAUAAAAUACCAUCAUAUUCCGUUCCUGCAGAAUGGAAGAUUCUCUGGCCGUUCGGCGACUUUGUCAGCGAUCCAGAACAUCCUUGAUCCAGCACAAUCAUCAUCUUCAACUAGAUCAAUAGCAUUAUUUGGGAUGGGCGGAGUUGGCAAGACACAACUGGCGCUGCAGUAUGCACACCAUAAUGCAGAUAAAUACGGCGUAAUCCUCUGGAUUGCUGCCGAUAAUAUCAUUACGAUCGGCCAGAGUUUCCGAGAAGUAGCCCAAGGUUUGCAACUUUGCCAAGACAAAGACGAAAUCCAAGACUCGGCAGCUGCAAUAUGGAAAGUCAAGAAUUGGUUAAAUAUCACAUCAACCCCUUGGCUAAUUAUCUUCGACAACGCCGAUGAUCUGCAAGCCAUCAAGGUAGCAUGGCCCACAAGUUCCCAUGGUUCGAUUAUCCUGACGACUAGGGACUUCGAUGUCGCAAAUAAUCCUGCUGCUCAAUGUAUACAGAUAGAGCCCUUUAACGAAAUAGAAGGAUCCUUGAUGUUGCUCAAGCAGAUUGGACUUGAUCCGACCGUUGCGUCAAAUACGGAGCAUGCAACUGCAAUUACCCAAGCUCUAGGAGGAUUGCCUCUUGCAUUGAGCCAGAUUGGAGGCUUCAUAGCACAGAGAAGAUUGCCAUUGAAGGACUUUCUUCCCCUCUAUGAGCGUAACGCGUCAAAAAUUGACUCCAGGAAGACAAUCAAAGAUGACUAUGAACACACUUUGAGUACUGUGUGGGAUGUCUCGUUUGAGAAACUCCCAGGAGAUGCUACCAAGUUGCUGAAUAUGUUAGUCUUCUUUGAUCCAGAUGGAGUCGAUGAAGCUAUAUUCUUGGAAGGGUCGCAAACAGGAUCCGGGAUUGAUCCCGACUUUGACUUUGUUGCGGAUGAGAUGGAUCUUGGCGAUGCGGAACAACCUCUCCUUCAGGCUGCCUUGAUUAACAAGACAAUGGAGAAACCAGUUAUCACGGUUCAUAGACUAAUACAAUCUGCUGCAAUUCGCAGGCUGUCUUCACCGGAUCGGCCGAGAUAUUUCGAUGUAGUUACCCAACUUCUAUCAUGGGGAUUCCCUGAUACCUGGAGCAAAGACAUCGGUCAUCAAAUCAAUGCCUGGCAAAAAUGUGAAAAAUGUCUGCCACAUAUCGACCACCUCGCUAAAUUGUCAAAAAAGCAUAAUAUUCAGCCAAGUAACGCACAGCAAUAUGCAGAACUGCUCCUUCGCUGUAGCUGGUAUCUUUACGAGCGCGAGACCUAUGAUAUUGCACGAAGUCUAGUCAAUGCUGCAGUUCAGACAUUCGAGGACAAGUCGACUUUGGCGUAUGCAAGUGCUAUUGAUCUAGCUGGGUUGAUUGACCUAGACAUGUGCCAGCCAUUGCUUGCGCUGAAACCAUUUCAAGAGGCCCUAGAAAUUCGGAAGAGACGACUUGGGCCGGAUGACUCGUUCAUUGCCUUCAGUCUUAACAACAUAGCAUUAGCAUACACUGAGAUGGGCAACUUAGAAGAAGCGUACUCUACACACCAACAAGCGAUAGAUAUCCGACUUCGAACCAACAGCGACAGAAUCGGCAAUUCAUACAGCAAUAUGUCGAGCUUGCUGUUACGCAUGGGAAAACCAGACGAAGCGGAGGAGAUGCUUGGGAGAUGCCCUUCGCUGAAAGAUUUCACGGACGAGACGUUCCUGAGCACAGGUAACCCACGCUUUUCUGGUGAUAUGGUACUUUUGUCCCGCAUUCGACUUAAGCAAGGUCGUGUGGAUGAUGCGCUACGGUUAGCAUCAAAAGCCCUCGCAUUCCGGCAAAAGUUAUUAGGUAAUCGCUUGAAGACCAGCGACUCAUUGUAUGAUGUGGCAAGCAUCUUGUACCUGCAAGGCCAUUCAGCCUCGGCCAUCGAGCUUCUGAAGCAAUUGAUCAACAUUUCGGAGUCUUUGAAUGAGGGUGAGGGUCAACUUGCUCGUGCCCUGUACAAGCUGUCGAUCUUCUACGCCGAGAAGGGAUUGGUAGAAGAUAGCGAAACUUGUAAGAAACGCGCUCUAGAGAUUAGGGGGCGCCUAAGGCCAGAGGAUAAGGAAGCACCUUUUGAAGAACCGUAUUUCUCAAAGUUGACACUCUGGAUGUUAUGGUAGAACUAUUUCCCUACCAUUUAUGUAGUCGCGAUCACCACUAAAGAGUGACUUUGCUUAACCUAUCCUAGAAAGCUCAUCAUCCCUUCUUUUCAAUAGUCCUACAUGGCUAGACCGUUAGCGGUGAUAAUCUACACCAGCUUCCAAAACCCAUCCGUGAUUUCAAUUUUGAUCUCCCUGUUUUCGUCUAUGCUUCGUCGCCCCGCUUCGAGGAUAGCCGUUGUCGCUAUCGUGUUAUUCAGCGUAGGAAGCCCUCUCGCGUCAAGAUCGG